CGAAGUCGGCGUCGAUAGGUGCCAUGGCGACAGAGCUUCAAACAUGUGACUUCGGCGCUAUCGAGGAGAUGGAUCCAUCGAUCGCGGACGGCUUUCGGGUCAUCUACGACCGAGAAGUCCCGUUUGAGCUGCGGGUUCAGGAAUCAGCCGACGGGCCGCAGCAAGUUGGUACUCUGGAGGCGAUCAAGGUUAAAGUUCUUAUGCUGGGAGAUGAUGCCGCGCCUCAAUCUGUUCGGGUUGAAUUGUCAAGUGAGGCUGACCUCUUCUUUCAUUACACACACAGCAUCGACGACGCUUUGUUUCAGGUAAUGCAAGAGGAGCAAAAACUGAUGGUGGAGUUCCAGGACUACCCGAACGUUCUUAUCCGGAUGUUGAACAACUGCAUCAAGGAGCCCCAUUCGCACCUCGUCGUUUUCGUCAUGCAGCACGACGUCAACGCUCGCCUGGAUUUCAUACAGAAUAUGGAGUACAAAUUUGUGGAGCUGAUGUCCCUGCAAUACACGAGAUCUGCGGAAGACAUGGUGCAACAUCAAAUCACCUACAGAUACAACGCGAUGAAAUCAAGGCUUGCCUUGAUGCAGGCACGCCUCCAGGAGGUGAACAACCUUGUCAAGUUGAAGAACCCGUCCCUCCUUCUACAGUUGCAGUCUCGGUGACGGUACAAGCAGUUUUGCGCAGCUAUAGCAUGUCGGGCCUUUAAGAGGAAGCAAGAUAGAAUUAUGUCGAUUUCGGCACUCCUUUUCGAAGGCAAUUGUUGUAGGCUGUGGGUAAAGAGAUUAGAAAGACCGAUCAACACAAUCAGCAACCACGUUUUCGGUAGGGAGUAGUUUCCGUUGUCGCGGCUACCCCGACUGCUCCCUUUGUAUCGACACAUGGGCCACGCGUUGUCGAGGGUGGCCUUCGUGUACAGUGUCUGACAUCUAUUUCUACCUCGUAGGUUUUGCGGGACUCGGUAUUGCAGUGGAGUGGACUUUCGCCAUCUGUCUGCGAGGUAUCAGGGGAAGGGUCUCCCGCCAAACCGCUGUUACGGUGAAAGACACA